AGCUAGAAAUUGCACCACAUUUUUUUGCUCGUACUGUCUGCAUAUCUACUCGUUAUAACUUUUGUUUUGACAACGAGAGCUGUUGAAUUUUUAAAAAUUGCCGUCCGAAAGAAAUAAGCUGCAUUUUCGCCUUUUCCAGAAUUAUUUCACUACUGCUGAAAGUUUAAAGGGAAUUUCGCCUGUAUACAAGCUAUCAAUAUGUUAGACGAAGAAUUAUUUGCGGAACCUUGUUUGGAGCGCCAUUUCGCCGGGCAUUGCUCUGGUAUUACGCAGGUGCGCUUUAGUCCGUGUGGCCAACGUUUGGCUACCAGUUCCUUAGAUAUUUCCGUGAUUUUGUGGGAUCUAAAGCAAGCUGCGCGUUGUAUCCGUUUUAGUGCGCAUUCAGGAGCUGUGGAUAGCGUAAGCUGGUCACCAAAAUCAAAUUUAGUGGCGUCGGCGAGUAAAGAUCGCACUGUGAAGAUUUGGGAACCGAAAAUACGCGGUGUUUCUGGUGAAUUUUUGGCACAUAGCAAGGCGGUUCGAAGUGUAGAUUUUGAUCCCAGCGGAACGAUGCUAAUUACAGCAUCAGACGACAAAACGCUAAAACUCUGGAAAGUCGCCCAACGUAAAUUCCUAACAUCUUUCACUGGACAUACAAAUUGGGUGCGUGCAGCAAAAUUCAGCCCUAAUGGCCAGUUAAUUGCAUCGUGCGGCGACGACAAGUCGUUAAGGAUUUUCGAUACAUCUUCAGGCGAAUGUGUGCGAACCUUCACCGAGGAAAGAGGUAUGGGACGACAGCUGGCAUGGCAUCCAGACGGUAAUCUGGUGGCUUUAGCAUUAAGUUGUAACCGCGUUAAGAUAUUUGACAUAGCCGAAGGCGAGCUAAUACAAUUGUAUCAAGUACAUUCGGCGCCGGUGAAUGAUGUUGCAUUUCACCCAAGUGGAAAUUUCUUGUUGACUGGCGGCGAUGACGAUACAAUAAGAUUGCUCGAUUUAUUAGAAGGUCGACCAAUUUAUACACUAACUGGCCAUACUGACAAAGUUUGCGCCGUCGCUUUCUCUCCAGAUGGUAGACAUUUUGCUUCCGCGGGCGAGGAUCGACAGUUGCUCGUUUGGAAAUCUAAUUUGCAUACAUUUGAUGCCAAUAGCUUUCGCAACAAACAAGCCAGUUCUCAAAGAGUUCAAAUAGAUUUUAGUCAUGCAACAGCUCCACAUAACUCCGCCAUAGACACACCAGCUGCUGGGGCACCAAAAGGCUGUGAUGACAGUAUUUUAAUUGAUCCACGACAAUCGGUGGCAUAUGGAAUGCGUGAUGAAAAUUUCCAGGUGCUUGAUAGCCAAUAUACUACAAGAGAGCCAUCUCCAAGCAGCUUCACCACACCACACCGUCAACAACACGAGUCGUUAGAUAAAAUAGAAACAAACGCUUUUGCUGAUAGCAUCAGUAACAAAAGCAACAGCAGUACCUCGUUUCUACACAUGCCAAACAAAAAUUUUUUUCGCUUAACUGCUUGGAAUGCUGCUGAUGCUAUUGCCUCUUUGUCGGACUUAGAAAAAUGAAGAAUAAAACCAUUUGUGUUAAAGAAUGGAAUUUAUACCGAUAUCUUCAUUUAUUUAUACCAUAUUUAUUCAUUUGUUGCUGUGUCCGAAAUCUCUAUUUGACACACAUUUUU